UUAGCGAAGACAAAAAGUGUAUCUUGAGUUGCGAAACUGUACAAUCAUACUAAAUGGUCCAUCACCGCCGACAUAUUGACAUGAUGCGAUCAGGUGACAAUGUCACCUGAUCGCUGUUGGCGAGGCAAGCGUGCGGCGAGUGUUUGAGACGUAACGUCGUUUUGUAUUUCAGACUUUCAUUAUUCAGUGCUUCGAUUCCUCGCAACUAACUUUUUCGGUCUUUGGCGUUGCUGGCCGCGUGCAUGGCAUCAGCGGUUGAGAGUCACAUGUAGGACAUAGUGGUUGUGGAAGGACGCAAGCAGUUUGCGCUUCUUUCGCGUGGUAAUAACAGUAACGCUCCUCGUACAAUACGUAGCUUCGAGAAGACCAAUCGCGUCGUCACUACUACCGCAGGAACAUCAGCCGUGCAGACUAGCACAGAACAUCAGCCGUGCAGACUAGCAGAGUGUAUCGCAACUGUGAGUACAUUGUACUGUUAGCAGAGAACCUUUUGCAAACUCUGGGCUGCAGCCCACUUGCUCCACAAUGACUUCCAUCAACAGAAGCGGUGAUAGAGGUGAUAACGGUGGCGGCAGUGUCAACGGCAGCCAUGACCAAGAGCUCGGUUACAUUCACCGGGGUGCACCGCAGAACAAUUCCAUGCGUCGCAUUACCUUCCGGCAACCAACUCAAAACACCAGCGGCCCAGGCCAGAAUCAGGCGGAUGUUGAUGGCACUGAAAGCAGCCAAAGUGUCGAUUACGACGAAGCGAUACUAGACCACACAGCUGGUGUGACUGGCUGUGGACUUCUCCUCGAUAUCCUCUAUUCCGGUGAUUUUGAUGUGUCUGGGGUCGAGAUCAACUACAGCAAGUGUUGCAAGGGUUCGGUGGAUAGCACGGAUGCAGCGUGCAGCAAGGCCGAGAAGACAAUGCGGGCAUUGCUGGACGGCAAGGACACAGCACCCGACAGCACCUGGACAAUGGAUGACCACUCCGCCACUGUGGACUACAGCUGCAGAACUCUCACUCUCUUUCAGUUUGCGUUCGUGAGGAAUAAGCAGAAAUUGGCAAAGACGAUCCUGGACCUCAUACCGGCAGACAAGAAAGGAACGUUUUUAAAGGAGCAGCUGAAACCAUUUGAGGCGGAUUGUGCAUUGUAUGAAGGUGAAACUGUUGUUCACUUUGCUGCCAUGCAUGCUACGCAGACCCAUUCCGAUGAUGCAGAGUGUGACAUUGAUAAGGAUAUCGAUGAGAACACUUUGCUAAGACUCCUUCUGAAUGCGCUGGCUGCUUUGCCAGCUGACCAGAAGGGUGGUGACUGGGUGGAAGAAGGAAAGUUGCUGAGUCAGUCGGCGACGGGAGUCCUCUACACCCGCGAACGCUUUGCGACUAUCAAGAGAAACAUCCUGAAUGCUGGCCUGUCGCCGUUUGCUAUGGCUGUGUGCAUGCUGAAUCGACGCGUUGUCAACUACAUGUUGAAGAAAGACAAGCAUUUGCUGCAUCUUUCUGACGAGUCGGGUAACAAUGUGAUGCAUCGGCUUGCCACGCAAAUGAAACGCCACAAGCACGACAUUCCAAUCGACGAGGCAUACCUUACGGAAAUGUUCCAGUUUCUAAUGACGAAAGAGGAAGAGCUGUUCCCGGACAAUCCAAAGUUGCUAGAGAAGCGCAAUGACAACGGUUACAAGCCUAUACAUGUCGCAGCAUACAAUGGAAACGUGGCAAUUUUCAAGGCCAUUGUCACAUCUCCCUCUGUACGCACUGAACUGGUCGACUACGACACAAUGAAGCUGGCAGCGUAUCGACUGGAGGACCUGGACUCGCAAAACGAGAGGGAAGACGGCUAUCGCUCUGUGAAUGUCCUCGACGUGGUCCUGUCAAGCCCAGAGGAGAAAGCGACAGAGGUGUUUCAAGUGACGCCAAUCGUUCAGCUCAUCGAGCUCAAGUGGCAUACAUAUGGAACGGUCGGCUUCACCUAUUUCUUUCUACUCAACACGGUGUACUUGAUAGCGUUGACGUUCGCAGCCUACUAUCGACCACUUACGUACUCAGUGUGCCCGGACGUGAUUGACGAAGCCAGUGAAGUGUUUGUACGCAACGAAACGACAGCCAGCGGAGAGAUAGUGCGGCUCUGUACGCCGUGUAUCAUACGACCGUUUACGGAUUCCUACAAGUCAUCGGCAGACUGGUGGCGUUUGUUUGCAGAGCUGGUUGUGAUUCUGAUAACUAUCGUCCACACUGCAACGGAGAUUGCUGACUUUUACCGUGUCGCCCAGCUUUGUCCGCACAAGAAGAAAACGAAUUCCAAUGAAACGUCCUCCCAACUGGACUGUGUGCCGACAAACAAGGACAAGAUGCUGUACAGUUACAAGCGUUUCAGGAACGGCUCCAUUGGAAGAUCGUUCGCCUUCACUGGUGUGAAGUUGUGCACGAUAAUCCUGGCAAUCGUCGCGUUUGGUAUGCGGCUGGGUGAUGUAGAGUAUCAGGAUGUUGUCGUAGCUCUACUGACGCUCUGUGCAUACGUCUACACAACGGUGUUUGCACGCGACUUCAAGUUCAGUGGCCCAUACCUGCUCUCCAUCUACGAGAUCAUGACGACUAUCAUCUCCCGUUUUGUUGUCAUCUACCUCUUCAGCAUCAUGACAUUCGGACUGUUUUUCCACAUUCUCUUCCAAGAGGGCCGGCCGGAGCCACCGGAGGAUUUCUCCGAGUACGACCAGGCCCUGGUCAACGUGUUCCGUUACACGCUGGGCCUCAGCGACCUGGACUACACCACCAUCCAGCAGUCGCGUGUUCCUGCUCUGGUCACUGCUGCCCUCGUACUCUUCCUGGUGUUCUCCGUGCUGCUGCUGGUCAACUUUCUCAUAGCACUGAUGAACGGCAUGCAAGAUGAGACACUACAACAGGCCAAGUGCUUGUGGAGAGGACAGGUUGUUUCCAGCUUGUUCAUGGUGGAGCGUAGAAUUCCCACAUGGCUGCCGUUUUACUCUGCAAAGAAGAAGAAAGUGGGUGUGCUGGGUCAGAACCUGCUACUUGAGGACCCGAAAGUGGAGAAUGACCGACCGACAAAGAGAAGGAUGCGGUACUUGUGCGUUCAUGAACCGUAUGCUGCAAGAACGUGAUGGGUGAACACGCAACAUCAGAAUCUACACUGACCGCAAUCAUAACUAUAGUGUUCUUGUCAACGGUUGGGAGUCAGAUAGAUAGAUAGAUAGAUAGAUAGAUAGAGAGAGAGAGAGAGAGAGAGAGAGAGAACUAGAGAAUUUGCCGUUUUAUCUGGUACUUGGAACAAUCUCGCUUAAAUAUGCUACACGCUGAUCACAGGCAGCAAUCAUCUCAUGUUGUUUAGAAUGUAGGCAAGAUGAUUAGACUAGAGAUGUGUUCAUGUGUGUACAGUGCGGAUGGUAUGUGCUUGGUUGUUCUGAUGCGGAUGCAGUCCAUGAGUUGCAUGGAUUGGUCAACCUUUCGAUCUAUCGCUUCCCUGCCGCUCUUACACCCCACCUGUCAUUGAGCAAUGCACUGCUUGCGGUUCAUUCCUCUGCUUUUCUUGCUUCUAUUCUGUUCUCGGAUCAGUACAUCUGGGGCCCUGCUGCUGAGCUACCUUGCUACUGAAACAAGUGCUUUAGAAGUUCAAGUUGUAGACUGCAAUAGAGGUUUUAAAACGAAUAUCGAUGUCAUGGUGA